GGUCUCAAGAAGCCAAACAUUGAGGAGAUCCGCCACGCCAAGAACGCCGUCUUCAGCCCUUCGAUGUUCGGAAGCUCCUUGCAAGAGAUCAUGAACAUGCAGAAGGAGAGGUACCCCGACCGCCAGCUCCCGUGGGUGCAGACCCGGCUGUCGGAGGAAGUGUUGGCCCUCAACGGAGACCAGACGGAGGGCAUCUUCAGAGUCCCUGGAGACAUUGAUGAGGUCAACGCCCUCAAACUUCAGGUGGAUCAGUGGAAAAUCCCUACUGGCUUAGAAGACCCUCAUGUUCCCGCCUCCUUGCUGAAGCUCUGGUACCGGGAACUGGAGGAGCCUUUGAUCCCCCACGACUUCUACGAACAGUGCAUCACUCACUACGAGAACCCGGAAGCGGCCAUCGCUGUCGUCCACUCCCUGCCCAGGAUCAACAAAAUGGUGCUUUGCUACCUCAUCCGCUUUCUACAGGUGUUUGUGCAGCCGGCCAAUGUGGCCGUCACCAAGAUGGACGUCAACAACUUGGCCAUGGUGAUGGCCCCCAACUGCCUGCGCUGCCAGUCGGACGACCCGCGCAUCAUUUUCGAGAACACCCGCAAGGAAAUGUCCUUCAUCCGGGUGCUGAUCCAGCACCUGGACACAAGCUUCAUGGAGGGGGUCCUAUAG